UGGAGGGAUCCGAGGCUGUCGGGCCGGACAUACAAAUGGCACGUCUGCGUCUGUAUUUUGGCUCCAACCGUAGCAACACCGCCCCGGAGAUCCUAGGAGAGGCAGAAGAUCAACAUGGAGAUAAUAACGUGGUCACGGCGCUUCACAACCAACCACCUAUGGCAAGUCCUUCUCAGGAGGCUGGGGAGCACCCAGUUCCUCCACUGGCUUUUGGUUCGCGUCCGGAACCGCUGCUUCGACGCAGUUCUUCCAUGUUCAUACCCCAGCUCGCUGCCUAUGCCGAGCCGCGGUCCACAAAAAGCUCCUCCAUGCACAUCUCUCUUCAGCGCUCUGAUGGAGCCACUAAUGGGGAUUCCAGUGGCCACGCUGAUGUCCCGCCACCCUGCUAUACUCCUCCGGGACCUGCGCCGACCUACGCCGAAGCGUCGCGUCAAGCGGAUGUUCCACGACAUCCACCUCCUCCAUACUGCGCCACGGAUUAUUCAAACUCGCAAAUAUUUGUGACGGAGCCAAAUUUUCCAAAGCGCAGGGUCUUCAGCAUUGGUUCAAAUGGUCCUAAUGUGUACAGCAGAGGCCAGCAAGGUAUCAGUGUAGGUGGCAUUCGUAUUCGGAGGAACUCAACUGACGGUUCCGACAUACGGCAUCUUAGAAUUUUACCUUACGGUGGUUCUGGAUGGACUGUGCAGCAGCAGUCCCCAGCUGCUAAUAGCGGAACACAGCGACUUGUGUUUCAGCUCCAACAAAACCAAAAUCAAGAUCUGAACCAGUACGGGCAGCGGUCCGAGUCACCCCAGGAGGAACACGCCAACGUAGAUCUUGGGAGGUCAACCAAUGGCCGUAUUUUCCGUUACCCCAGAAUUCGACUGGAAAGAGGUUCAUCUCCACUUUCGACGGAUGAUCCACCAGAUAACGUUCCAGAUAGCCAAACAUCUGCUUCAGAUAGUCAACCGGUUGAGGAGAAUCUGAGAAAAGACACCUCUAAUGGUUGUACUUUUAAAAUCGGCGGAGAUCCUUCAAGGCAGCCCCAUCUCAAGAUCUAUUUCACCCCGGGUGGAGCUGGAGAUCAGGAUGUGAUACUUGGCAAUGACUCAUCAACAACAAGUAAUCCCAAGACCAGAGAUGAUUUCUUGGGACAAGUGGAUGUUCCUCUUAGUCAUUUGCCGACGGAGGACCCUGCCAUGGAACGCCCCUACACAUUUAAGGACUUCCUGUUGCGGCCCAGGAGUCACAAGUCUAGGGUGAAGGGUUACCUGCGUCUGAAGAUGGCCUAUCUGCCCAAACAAGGAGGACAUGAAGAGGAAGCUGGCGAAAUUAGGGAGGAAGCAGAGGGGUGGGAUGAGUCUGCGGAUUCGGGUUCACAGCGACCCCAGCAGCUGCUGCCGCCAUUGCCUCCGGGCUGGGAAGAGAAAGUGGACAACCUGGGACGCACGUACUAUGUCAACCACAACAAUCGUUCCACGCAGUGGAAACGGCCAUCCAACAUGGACGUCAUUUCAGAAACUGAGAGCGACAAUCGACAGCGUCAGAUCCACCAGGAGGCGCAUCGCGUCUUCCGUUCAAGACGCCACAUCAGCGAGGACCUGGAGCAUGAGCACGUCGAACCACGGGAUGUUAUUGACAAUUCCUGGGAGCUAAUCACAGAGGAAGACCCAAAUGACAGCCUGGCCCAGUCCCAUCCUGGCACGUCCUCCAUGUUGACCCCACAGCCCCCGCCGACGCCCGUCUCCCAGGAGUUAUCUGACGAUUUGAGCCUGAGGCUAUCGUUCACCCCUGACACCAAUGGCGAAGUGCCUGGGCCUAGCUCUGUUCUGACCCAGUUGUCAAACCGACUGCGCUCUUCCAGUAUGACGGAUGGCGUUAGCGAUCAGGCCCAGCCUCCUCCUCUUGCGCAGCGUUCCCAUUCCAGAAGAAGCAGAGCUCAAACAGUCUCAGGUGGUGAGGAUACCACGUCUCCCACAGCGACCGGGUUCAACCUGACCACCCCGGGCCUGCCCCCUGGAUGGGAGGAGCGGAAGGAUGCCAAGGGGAGAACUUAUUACGUCAACCAUAACAGCCGCACCACUACCUGGACUAGGCCCAUUGUGCAGCUGACUGAAGAUGGACCCAGCGCCUCAUCGUCGGGAGCAAGCUCCGCCCUGACACCUGCCCCCUCCCCUUCCUCUAAUGCCUCCAACAACCACCUCCAUGAGCCCCAGGUCCGACGACCUCGUAGCCUCAGUUCCCCCACCGUCACCCUCUCUACCCCCUUGGAGGGGGCCAACAACAUCCAAGCGCGGCGGGCAGUCAAAGACACCUUCUCCAACCCUCAGUCCCCGCAGCCGUCGCCCUACAGCUCGCCCAAGUCUCAGCACAAGGCCCAGCAGAGCUUCUUGCCGCCGGGCUGGGAGAUGAGGAUAGCCCCCAACGGACGGCCGUUCUUCAUCGACCACAACAGCAGAACUACCACCUGGGAGGACCCCAGGUUAAAGUAUCCAGUCCAUAUGAGGAAUAAAAACUCCAUGGAACCUGGUGAACUUGGACCACUUCCUCCCGGUUGGGAAGAGCGAGUUCACACAGAUGGACGCACCUUCUACAUUGACCACAAUACAAAGAACACACAGUGGGAGGAUCCUCGCCUUCAGAGUCCCGCUAUCACCGGACCCGCUGUUCCUUAUUCCCGAGAGUUCAAGCAAAAGUAUGACUACUUUCGAAAGAAGCUAAAGAAACCGUCUGACAUCCCCAACCGGUUUGAGAUGAAGCUCCAUCGCAACAACAUCUUUGAAGAGUCGUACCGUCGCAUCAUGUCGCUCAAAAAGCCCGACGUCCUGAAAGCGCGUCUGUGGAUUGAGUUUGAAUUGGAGAAGGGCCUGGACUACGGAGGCGUGGCCCGAGAGUGGUUCUUCCUCCUUUCCAAGGAGAUGUUCAACCCCUACUAUGGCCUCUUUGAAUACUCCGCCACAGACAACUAUACCCUCCAGAUCAACCCCAACUCCGGCCUGUGCAAUGAAGACCACCUCUCCUAUUUCAAGUUCAUCGGACGCGUGGCGGGAAUGGCUGUGUUUCAUGGGAAGCUACUAGAUGGCUUCUUUAUACGACCGUUCUACAAGAUGAUGCUUGGCAAACAGAUCUCCCUGAAGGACAUGGAGUCCGUGGACAGCGAAUAUUACAACUCUCUCAAGUGGAUCCUGGAGAACGAUCCCACGGAACUGGACCUGCGAUUUUGCAUUGACGAGGACAACUUUGGACAGACGUACCAGGUGGACCUCAAGCCCAGCGGCUCGGACAUGGUGGUCACCAAUGACAAUAAGAAGGAAUAUAUCGAUCUGGUCAUCCAGUGGAGGUUUGUCAAUCGGGUGCAGAAGCAGAUGAAUGCCUUCCUGGAGGGCUUCACUGAGCUCAUCCAAAUUGAUCUGAUCAAGAUCUUUGAUGAAAACGAACUGGAGCUGCUUAUGUGCGGCCUGGGCGACGUUGACGUCAACGACUGGCGGCAGCACACAGUAUACAAGAAUGGCUACUGUCCCAACCACCCGGUCAUCCAGUGGUUCUGGAAGGUUGUCCUGUUAAUGGAUGCUGAAAAGAGGAUCCGACUUCUCCAGUUUGUUACGGGAACUUCGCGCGUGCCAAUGAACGGCUUUGCAGAACUUUACGGUUCUAACGGUCCUCAGCUGUUCACGAUUGAGCAGUGGGGAACGCCGGAUAAGCUGCCCAGAGCCCACACGUGUUUCAACCGUUUGGACCUUCCGACCUAUGACUCAUUUGAGGACCUGCGGGAGAAGCUGCUCAUGGCCGUGGAAAAUGCACAGGGUUUUGAGGGAGUUGACUAAACGGGGUGCCUCCUUGAGGAAAAACAGCAUCUUAAACGACCUCCGAUUCAUCGGAAUUGACAAACGGGAAGUACAACAAAAAAAGCGUCCAAACCGGCUGUCGUAGAAUGCGGUUAGCCAACGCCGGAUUGUUAGCCAUACCCGACUGUACAGCGAGUCGACAUGCCUACUACGUCUUUCAAAGGGGGAGGGGCUCCGUUAGGGCGCAGCCCCUUGACCCCCAGCAGGGAAGGGAGAGUAUUUAAUCCCCUGGCAUGAGCAUGAAAAACCAACCCUGUGGAAGCACUACGACUACUAACUACUAGCACUAACAUUUCAUUUCAUUAUUCUUGCUAGCGCAGCAGCCAAGGCCUUAACACGGCUGACUUUAGCAACCCAAAGCCAAUCUCACGUCACACACUUUGCCACGCCUCCCUCUCCUAUGUUGCAACAGGAACCUUUUUGUCAACUUAGGGCGAGUGUUUUUUUUUUUUUUUUUUUUUAAGUUUUUUUAAAUCCUUGGUAUGAUUCCUUCAGGACGUCUUUGUACCGAUGUUUACUACUUUGACAAUUCUCAAAUAUCUCACAAAGUGAAGUGCAAAUGAAAACAAAACCACCAUUUUGUUAUGCUGAUUAAUGGCAAAGAUCUUCAAAAAUCGAUGUUUCUUUUUAUAAUUGUUAUUAUCGCUACUCUGAAUAUCAUCGUCGUGCGCCGAAAUGUGGCAUGAAAAACGACAAAACCUAUGUUGUGUUGGCUCGUGAUUCGGAAAUGUGGGGCUAGUUUCUGGAAGACUAUCAUGAAUAGUCCUAGCUUGUUCAUAAUGCUGUAAAUUGUUCUUUUUUUUGACAAUAUAUAAAUGUAUGUAUGUAUUACAUUUAGUAUUACCGAUCAACACUAAAAAUGAAGUGUGUGAGCGCGUGAGAAAGACAAGCUGUGAUUUAAAAACUCUUGAAUAUUAUAAAGCAGCACGUUUCAUACAAAAAAUGUCAAAUGAAUAGAACUUUUGCUAACACCAUGGAACCUGAAGGGCACUUUAUACAACACUGAGGUCACCUGUGUCGUCAACUUUUGAAUGUGAUUCUAUCAUAUGCAGCGCUUAAUCGGUGCAAUAGAACACAGACUGAUGUGGUUAAGCUGCUAAAGCAACCACAUUUUGGAAAAAAAAAUUAAAAUAAAAAAAUUCUUUAUUUCCCCUUUCUUCCGUUGCCUCUACCCUCCUAUGUACGUAUAAAUAUAUAUAUAAAAUUUUGUAAAAGAUGACACUGCUCACUGCUCUCAGCUCUUUGUGGUUCAUUUAACUUCAGCCCAAUUAAAGUAAAACUUCUUUCAACUCA